UUCAAUUAUAUUAUUGGAAUUUUAAUUUUUUUUUUUUGUUGACAAAAUUAUUCGAUAAGGUCAUGCUUUUGAUAUUUAAAAUUUGAAUAAAAAUUAUUAUAAAUUUUUAAAUGUGAAAAAAUCUAAUUUUCAUCUAGGAAUUUUUAGAUUGAAUUUAUAAAUAAUAAAUUUAUCUUUAUCAUAAUUUAAGAUGGCAACAUUAAAAGUAACUGAACAAAAAGUAAUUCUUUGUGGUGAAUAUGGUGUUGGUAAAUCAUCAAUAUUUCGACGUUUUGCAAAUGAUACAUUUGUAUCAAAUAGCGAUAGAAAAUCAACUCUUGGUCUAGACAAUAUUGACAAAGAAUAUAUCAUCGACAAUAAAAGGAUCAAACUACAAUUGUGGGAUACUGGUGGCAUGGAAAGAGUUGCAUCAGUAACAUCAAGUUACUACAAAUUUGCAGAAGCAGCUGUCCUUGUAUUUGCCUUAGACAAUUCAUCAUCAUUUCAUUUGUUAUCACAACACUUGCUUGACAUUGUAACAUAUGCUGAAAAUGCUAAAAUUUUUUUAUGUGGUAAUAAAAUGGAUGUUGAUAAUAAUGGUCCACAAGUAACUGAUGCAGAAAUGGAACAAUUUUGUGAACAAUGCCAUAAUUUAAUAUCUGCAACUUACAAAACAACCUGUAAAACUGGUGAAGGCAUUAAUGAAAUGUUUGAAGACAUUGCUCAACAUUUGGUAGAUGCAAAUAGAUCAAGAAUUGGACUUCAUGAUAUGGAUGAAGAUCAUUUUAAAAUAUCAUACAUUGACGAUACAAAUGAUCCAACUUGCAUGUGCUAAUUUGUUUUUUUUUUUUCUAAAUUAUAAAUUAUCAUUUGUUGUGUAUUUUUAGCUUUUUAAAUAAUAAAUAUAUAUCGUACUUAUCACAGUUGCCAAAUAAUAAAAACACCAAUUUAUUUGUUCGUUUUUUUAUAAUUGUUUUUAUCAUACAAAUAUUUAUACACAUUGGCAUUUUAACAGUGGUGCAUUAAUCAUCAACCAG